AUGUCGACCAAGGCCGGCCACCUGGUGGCCAAGGCGCUGGGCAUCAAACUCCAGGACAAGGAACCCUACCGGGGUGAGCUUGAGACUCCCGGCGCGUCGGUCCUCUCCAGCCAGACUUUUGUCGAAGAGCCACCGAGCCUUCUCGACGUCUUCGACGACCUGAUCCCUUCUGGACACCAGAUCCAGCAAUACCUCCUCUCGCUCUUCCCCUUCCUCUCCUGGAUUGGGCAUUAUAACCUACAAUGGCUGAUAGGAGAUCUGGUUGCUGGCGUCACCAUUGGCGCUGUCGUGGUUCCCCAAGGCAUGGCCUACGCUAAGCUGGCCAAUCUCGAAGUCCAGUUUGGUCUCUACUCAUCUUUUAUGGGUGUUUUGAUCUACUGGUUCUUUGCCACUUCCAAAGACAUCACCAUUGGUCCAGUUGCUGUCAUGUCGCAGCUUACCGGUGGUAUCGUCGCAGACCUUGCCGUUGCCCUGCCUGACGUCCCAGCCCACGUCGUUGCAUCGGCCCUUGCCAUCUUGGCUGGUUCCAUUGUCCUCUUCAUCGGGCUCAUCCGCUGUGGAUGGAUUGUCGAUGUCAUCUCGCUCACUGCCCUGUCGGCGUUCAUGACGGGCUCGGCUAUCAACAUUGCCGUUGGUCAAGUUCCUGCCAUGAUGGGCAUCUCGGGCUUCUCGACCCGUGAUCCGCCCUACCUCGUUUUUAUCCACACUCUCCAGGGUCUGCCCAGGACCACCCUGGACGCUGCCAUGGGAUUGACAGCUCUGACCAUGCUCUACGCUAUCAGGGCAGCCUGCUCCUACUCUGCCAAGCGCUGGCCAAAGCACCAACGCCUCAUAUUCUUCCUCUCGACCUUGCGUACCGUCUUCGUCAUUUUAUUGUACACGAUGAUCAGUUGGCUCGUCAACCGGGGCCUCGACAAGGACCAUGUCAAGUUCAAGAUCCUGCUUGAUGUUCCUAGGGGCUUCCAGAACGCAGCUGUUCCUGUGCUUAACGAGCGGCUUGCCAGUCACCUCGCCAGCUACCUGCCCGCUACCGUCAUUGUCUUGCUGAUUGAGCAUAUUGCAAUCUCCAAAUCGUUCGGUCGAGUGAACAACUACUCCAUCAACCCGUCCCAGGAGAUGGUGGCCAUCGGCGUCACGAAUAUGCUGGGCCCCUUCCUAGGCGGAUACGCCGCUACAGGCUCCUUCAGCCGGACCGCUAUCAAGUCAAAGGCUGGAGUUCGGACCCCGUUCGCCGGCGUCAUUACUGCCGUUGUUGUCCUCCUAGCCAUCUACGCCCUGCCUGCCGUCUUCUACUACAUCCCCAACGCCUCGCUUGCCGCCGUCAUUAUCCACGCCGUCGGCGAUCUGAUCACUCCGCCAAACACCGUCUACCAGUUCUGGCUCGUCUCGCCGAUCGAGGUCUUUAUCUUCUUCGUGGGCGUCAUUGUCACCGUCUUUUCGACCAUUGAGAAUGGCAUCUACUGCACCGUCUGCAUCUCGGCCGCCAUGCUCCUUUUCCGUAUCCUGAGGGCCAAGGGUCGGUUCCUAGGCCGUGUGAGGGUGCAAUCCAUGCUAGGAGAUCACGUCUUCGGUGAAGACACGCGCCGGCAGGACGAAUACGGAACCUUCAUCGGCUCCGCCGAGGCUCGUUUCCGCAACGUAUUCCUACCCAUCACCCACGCCGACGGCUCUAACCCCGAGGUGGAGCUCGACAACCCCUACCCCGGCAUAUUCAUCUACCGCUUCUCUGAAGGCUUCAACUACACCAACGCCAGCCACAACCUCGAGGACAUGACCGACUACAUCUAUCGUCACACUCGUCGGACCAAUUUAGCGCAUUUCGAGCGGCCGGGCGACCGCCCAUGGAAUGACCCCGGGCCGUCGCGGCGCAAGCUCAAGGCCGCUGCCGCGGCCGGUGUCGAUGCCGGCACAGUGGAUGUGGACGUGAACCUACCGACGCUCAAGGCCAUCAUCCUCGACUUCAGCUCUGUCAAUUUCGUUGACAUCACCUCGGUCCAACAGUUGAUCGACGUACGGAACCAGCUCGACCGAUACGCGGCGCCCGACGUCGUGGACUGGCACAUCGCCUGCAUCAGCAACCGCUGGACCAAGCGCGCCCUCGCGGCCGCCGGCUUCGGGUACCCCACCAGCCGGCCCGACGUACCGCACCUCCGGUGGAAGAGCAUCUUCAGCGUGGCCGAGAUUGGCGGCUCCCAAAGCGCAGCCGCCGCCGCCGAGUUUGAGGAUAAUGAGAAGGAGCUCAACUCGCAGCAGCAUCAACAGGCUUUGGACGUCGAGGCUGGCCUGGCCGCCAUAAAGAAGGCCACCAGCAAGAGCAGCAGCAACAGCAGCGGCAUCAGCGGCGGGGACGAAGGAGUAGCCGCCAGCGCUAACCCCAAGCCUGCCACAGCGGUGCCCAACGCCGGACGCACCGUGGCCGUCCACGGCAUCAAUCGCCCCCUGUUCCACGUCGAUCUGACGAGCGCCUUGCAGAGCGCCAUCGCCAACGUCGAGGCAAGGCACGAGGUGGAGGCUGGCGCCACCAAGCGUUCUAAUGAUGGGGAAUGA